AUGUGGGGCUUUUUUGUUCAACUUGUUCUCGCGUUCACUUUGCCAGCUUUGGCCCGCGGCGAUACCUGUUCAUCAGUCGCUUCUCUCGGUUACAUCACCGUCACGUACCCCCUCAACCUGGCCUACAUUGAAGAACAAACCCAGUAUUGGUCUACUUCGUGCUCUGCUCUCCUCCCAUCUUGCAUCAUCUUCCCGAAGACGGUAGAAGAAGUCUCGACCGUGGUGCAAAUCCUCGCCAACACUACUGAACGCUUCGCCGUCAAAUCUGGUGGCCACAAUCCCAAUAAUGGAUGGAGUAGCGUAGCCGGGGGCCCACUCAUUGCUAUGGAGCAUUUCGAUCAAGCCGAUCUCGACCGCAGCACAGGUAUCGUCGACGUAGGUCCUGGUAACCGGCUUGAUGGCAUCGCUGCUAAGCUCCAAGGCACGGGCUGGACGUUUGUCGGCGGGCGCAUCGGCAACACUGGAGUCGGCGGACUAGUACUGGGCGGAGGGCUCAGUUACAUGUCAACGCAGUACGGAUGGGCUGCGUCAAGUGUCCUCGAGUACGAGAUUGUCUUCGCGAACGGCACUAUCGGGCACAUCCGGAACGACAAUCACCCCGACGUAUUCGUCGCGCUCAAGGGAGGUGGUAACAACUUUGGCGUCGUAACAAACUAUAAGUUGCAGGCUCACCGACAAGGCGACAUCUGGGGCGGCAACCUGGUGUUUCUUCGCACGCCGAGCAAGGACAAGCAGCUACUUCAAGCAGUUCGUGACUGGACAGAGUACAACGAGGAUGAGAAGGCUGCGGUCAUUGUCACGGCUGAGCGAGCGAAUCUUAACGUAGUCGACUCUUGGAUCAUCUUCUUGUUCUAUGAUGGUCCGACGCCCCCAGCCGGGCUUUUCGACAAUUUCACCGAUGUCAAUCCCUUGCUUGAUACCACCCGAACACGCACCUACGCCGAUCUCAUGGCCCUAAGCAACUGGGUUGUAAUCAAAGGCAACGUUGUGGAUAUCGCCACAGAAACAAUACCCUUACCUUCCCGCGCCAACGCUGUCGAGGUUAUGGAAGGUCUUCACAAGCACUGGCGCGACAUCUCUGACACCACACUACUCGUACCUGGAAUCGUAGCAUCUAUCGCAUGGCAGCCAUUCCCAAAGAAGAUUGCGCAAAAGGCUCGGGAACUAAGUCCUGAUCUGAUCGAUGCUGAUGCAGAUGUCGAUCGCGUUAUCAUCGAGAUGAACUAUGCUUUCACACCGCAGUCAUUGUAUGAGAAGAUGGCUGACACCAUGGAAGCGACUUAUUCUGGCGUGAGAAACAGGGUCCUGGCAUGGCAAGCAGAGGGUAAACUACCGGAAGCGUAUUUGCCAAUCUUCAUGAACUAUGGGUUCUUUCGGCAGGAUUACUUUGGGAGAUUGAGGCCUGAGAGCCGGGCGUUGGCGAAGAGGGUUGCAGAUGCAGUAGAUCCGGCAGGUCUGUUUAGGUCACGCACUGGGGGCUGGAAGCCAUGA